AUGACUAAGAAGUGUAAAGAUGAUAAUUUGGCGUAUGGGAAACCUACUUGGCAAAGCACAUCACAUGACGAAACAGUUGGUUCAGAUUUAGCCGUAGAUGGAUUAAAAACAAAGCGUGAUUAUCAUGGAAAACAGUGCAGCAUAACAGCUGGUCAACAACGUAACGCUACAUGGUGGGUGAAUUUGACCAGCAUCAGCAGUAUACAUGACAUUGUGAUUUAUUACAGGACAGAUGACUUAGCCUGGGAGUAUAAAAAUAAUUACAAAGCUAGAUUUCUGGGAUUCCAUGUGUACGUAUCAAACACGACAGACAGAAGUGCAGGCCAGCGUUGUUUUCCUGACACAAACUACACCAGAGCCACCAUACCGCAUGAUUUAAAAAUAAGCUGUCCUGCACAUGGACAAUACGUCAUCUAUUACAAUGAAAGAAUUAAUGGAGUUACAUAUCCGGAUGGAUAUUCUAAAUUCGCAUUCAGUGAACUCUGUGAAGUUGAAGUUAACGAAUCAGGACUCUGUCCACAGUGUAAAGCAGGUUAUAAAGGAGAACGUUGUGAAUUAGAGUGUGAUCGUGGAUUCUAUGGAGUAAAUUGUAACAUGACCUGUGGAAAUUGCAAAAACUCAGAAAGAUGCAACCCGAUAAAUGGGACGUGUUUAAAUGGAUGUGUUGGAGGCUUUGGAGGGCAGCUUUGUAAGAAAGAUAAAUCCAACGGCUUCACGGCCCGGUUUUUGGGAUUUUAUCUGUACAUUUCAAACACAACAAACAGGCUAGAUGGUCAUUUAUGUUUUCAUGACACUAACUUCACCAGGGCCACAAUACCAGACGUAAUCGAUUUAAAUUGUACUGUUCAUGGGCAGUACGUUAUUUACUACAACGAAAGGCCAAUAAAGAAUGAUAGCGGGAAAAAUUAUUCUACAGAAGCCUUUACAGAACUCUGUGAGGUCGAGGUUUACGGUUGUCCUGCUAGGCGCUAUGGACCAGACUGUUCCGAUCAAUGCCCUAUUAAUUGCAAAAAAUACUGCGACAUGGAAUCAGGGAAGUGUCUACAGUGUAAGCCUGGUUACAAAGGUGCACGUUGUGAAGAAGGCAAGUAUCUUCAACAUUUAACACGCACAGUUUUAGCAAAUGUGAUGGUGGUUAUUUUGGAGAAAAAUGCAAUACCAGUUGUGGGUUCUGUUAUAAAUCGGAGCAGUGCCACCAUAUUAAUGGGUCUUGUUUACAGGGCUGUGCUGCAGGAUACAGAGGAAAUCUAUGCGCCGACGAUGGAACCUAUGGCAUUAACUGUAAUAAGACAUGUGGAAGGAACUGUAAAUGGACAGGAAAAUGUAACAGAACAGACGGUGUCUGUAACGGUGGCUGUCAAAUUGGUUGGAAUGGAUCCCAUUGCAAUCAAGUAUGUGAUAGUGGCUUUUUCGGAGAAAACUGUAAUACUUCCUGUGGGCAUUGCAAAGGACCAGAGCGGUGUCAUCACGUUACCGGAACAUGUUCAAAUGGGUGUGAAGAAGGAUAUAGAGGAGAAAAUUGCAAAAAAGAAUGCGAUGGCAGAUUUUUCGGAGAGAAAUGUGCUACAUCAUGCGGAAAUUGUAUCAACGCAGAGCAGUGCCAUCACAUUAAUGGGACUUGUAUUAAUGGUUGUGGAGAAGGAUAUCAAGGAGAAAACUGCACAGAAGUCUGCAGCAGGGGAUAUCAUGGUUAUAACUGCACGGAGAAAUGUGAUUCUUUAUACCCCCAAUGGUUAUAAAAAUAGAAGUAUGUAUGCAAGCGCAAAAGCAGCACUUACAUCAACGAACAAAGAACAUAAAAUAAAUGAUCCAAAUGAUAAGUUGAACACAAAUGCCUUAAUGAAUGAUGGAAGAGAAGUAGAAUGGGACGGUGGUGUAACUGAUAAUUUGUAUAUGAACCAGCCAAAUCAAUCUGCUAUACCAGUGAAUCAACUCGGUGCAGCUAUUGCAAAAAAGAGGAAGAAUGAAAAUGAAGGGUUUCGAAAAGAAUAUGCAACGUUACCCUCAGGCGAAGUGCAUAAAUGCGAUGCAGGAAAAUUAAAAGAAAAUGUUCCAAAGAACAGAUUCAAGACGACAUUUCCAUAUGAUCAUUCUCGAGUAAUACUUAGAUCACAUGGUAAAUAUGCAGAUUACAUCAAUGCAAAUUACAUUGACGGGCCUUCUCGGAAAAAUGAAUAUAUUGCUGCUCAAGGACCAAAAGAAAAUACAUUGGAAGAUUUCUGGUCAAUGAUCUGGCAAGAGAAUAUAUCCACUAUCGUCAUGCUGACUAACCUCAGAGAAGGAGAAAAGAUUAAGUGUACACAAUACUGGCCGGACAGUGGCAAAAACAUAACAUAUGGCGUUGUCUCGGUCAAAUGGAUGGAAGAAAGGGAAUAUGGAUUCUAUAUAAUUCGGAAAUUUAAAGUCAUGAACAAGGAGAUGAAUGAGUCACGUAUUUUGACACAGUAUCACUACACAGCCUGGCCAGAUCACGGAACACCAGAACCACUGUGUUUACUCAUCUUCCAUAAUCACGUUAUCAGAUCAAAAGCAAAUUCAAACAACGCACCUACGGUUGUUCAUUGCAGCGCGGGGGUUGGUAGAACGGGCACAUAUAUAGCAUUGGACACACUUCAUCAGUUAGGAAGAAAUACCGGAAACGUUGAUGUUGCUGAUUGUGUCAGAAAAAUGAGGGAAAACAGAAUGACCAUGGUCCAGACCUAUGAACAAUACAUCACCAUAUUCCUGACUCUGCACGAAGAUUUCAGAGCGCCUAUGAAGGUAGACAGGAUUGAAGAUUUUAAAGAAAGGUAUGACAACGCUAGAAAGGAUACACCAGCCAAUCAGAAUACUCUACGUAAAGAAUUCCAGUUGCUACAGAAGAUUCGUCCUUAUUAUACUGAAGAAAAUUACAAGUUUGCCAUAGAAAGCUGCGGGCCUGAUAAUCGCGAUGGAAUCCUACCUCUUGAUAAAUACAGCGUCCACUUGUCUUCACAUGUUCCAAAGAGAGGGAACUACAUAAAUGCCAUCUCUAUGCCUUCCUUCACCAGAGCAGGGAGAUUUAUAGUGACGCGAUAUCCGUCGGAAGAGGACGCCAUUGAUCUCAUGCGCCUACUCAAAGAUCAUGAAUGCGAAACAAUUAUAUGCAUGGACCCAUUAAAAGAGAUUCAGUCCAGUUAUGUUUGGUUGCCAUCAGCUCUAUCCUCCAACAGCGUUUCUCCUUUCAAGGUUCACUGUCAAUCAUGCUCCCAGACCGAUGUUACCAGCAGCACCAUUCGUAUUAUUCAGAAUAAUAAAGAAAGUGAAGCUCACACUGUAAGGAUUGUUGAACCGAAGAGCAGAAUUAAGUCGUCUGGAAGGCAAUUGGACACAUCAGAGCUUCGGAAUCUUGUAUCAACUGCACUACACACAGAUACGGAAAACCCAAUUGUUGUUAUGAGCAGCCAGAGUACUCAGGAGAGACACACAAUUCCGGAUGGGGUUGUAGGCAAGUUACAAGGGGAGCUAGGUCAAGUAAACCGAAGGCUAGACAUCCCUAGUAAAGAUGUGGGGGCUUUGUGGGGGGAUAUUAAUAUCAUUGAGACUAAUGUAAACUCACAGGUAGGUUCUAUUGAUAAGAAUGUUGGGACUCAGUUAGGCAAUAUUACUCGGAUAUUGGCAGGAAUGAUGAACGUAAGUGAACCGCAGUCACUCAACCUAUGCAGGAAGUCAAGGUCAGUCAGCCAGUGGUGGCUAGUAGCCAGGGGAGUCCUUGGGUCCCUAGCUCACUAUCCGGACAAGGCCUACCUGCGGAAUCACAAGUAA